AUGCAAAGAGCAGAUCAGACGAGUAGCUCAGAAGCGGAAUUGUCAGUGAAUGCAGAGCCCGAUGUCAACCCUAUGGCCAAAAUGGUCUCGGCUUGCGUUGGAAGCUUCCUUACGACGUUAACUGUGACACCGUUUGAUGUGGUAAAGACUCGUCUGCAAAGUGAAUCGAUGUCCGCGUUCACUUCCAUGGAAGGCAAUGGUGGUCAUUCGUCAAUCAAGACCUCUCUUGGUCAGAGUCCCCAGAAAACACGACAUUUAACAGGACCAGUGUCGGGAUUGUUUCAGAUAGCUCGCAAUGAAGGCAUUCGAAAUCUUUGGAGAGGCCUUAUCCCUUCGCUGACAAUGAUGAUUCCAGCUAACAUUGUUCAAUUCUUGAUGUAUGAGCGGCUGUUGCUUUUGUACGCUGACUGGAACUUUCCAGCGUCUGCUGCUGUUGCCGGUGCUUCAGCACGCACUGUAUCAGCUAGCAUUGUUUCCCCAAUUGAGCUUUUUCGGACAAGGGUGCAGGCUGCUGGCGGUCGCUAUCCUCCAGGACAUACGGGCGAUAUCGCAAAAGAAGUCUUUCAAGGCUUACAAAGGAUGAUCCAGCAAAAAGGUUAUUUAAGUUUAUGGAACGGCGUUGGUGUCACUCUUUGGCGAGAUGUUCCCUUUAGUGCAUUCUACUGGUGGGCGUAUGAACGUACACGUUGGUUCUUUCUUCAACAUCCAACCUUCAAGCCAUCGACGGAAGAUAAUUCUAAAAAGGACCUCUACGUGAAUUUCAUGAGUGGAGGAAUUAGCGGUGUAAUGGCUACUUUACUUACUCAACCAUUCGAUGUUUCCAAGACCGCUCGACAAGUCCAUGGUCAUACUCUCACUCGCGGCCAGAUUUUAUUAAUGUUAUAUUCGAAAGGAGGUGCUCGUGCACUAUGGAAAGGGACACUUCCUCGCUGUGUAAAAGUUGCACCCUCUUGUGCUAUCAUGAUAAGUACGUAUCAUGCUACAAAAAAAUAUUUCUCCGAAUCUACAUAG